UGUUGCACGUGGCCCUCACUGCGUCACUAGCAUCGUCAACGCCGCCCCGCAACAGCGUGCUCAGGCGCCACAAGCAAUGGCGGCGCCCUUGACCACACUGGCCCGGCGGCUGUCAUCGUCCGCUGCGGGCUACGCGUCCCUGUGGCCUCGAACUCAGAGGCCGAGCCUAGCUCUCGCCUCGUCCCGGCUGCUGUUGCCGCCGCUGUCGCGUCCCUACGCGGCGGAUGCCGCCGUGCACGGUGGGGCUCGGCUAUCGGGACCGGCCUCGCCUCGCGGCUCCGCGGGAAAGAGUGGCAUUUCACGGCGGGGAGGCGCUAGGCCGCAGAGUCCCGAGCCGUCGGGGACGCCGAAAUGGAGGCUGCUCGCGGCCGCGUGCGUGGAACGCUACCCGCGCCUUUCCCAGGAGCUGAGCGCGGAUGAGAAACUGUUCGGGGAGCUGGUGCAGCAGAUCGAGCUGGAGAGAAGCGCGCUCUCCGACCACGAGAUCCAGCUGGUGGAGGAUGCGGCGAGGAUUCAGAUGCGCCAGGCUAACGAGGAGUUGGACUCGGACGACGAUGAGGAUCGGCCCGGCAUCGUGACGGCCGAAGAUAAGGAGGACGCGUACGAGCAGAGGUUCAAGAAGUUCCAGCCCGCAUCCCGAGUCACCGACACUCGUGACGACCGCACGUCGCUGGAGCGCCGCCUGGACGACAAGCUUGUGCUGCUAGUGCAACAGCGACUGGGUCAGGAAGACGUGUGGCUCCUGCCACAGGUGGCGUGGAACGAGGGCGAGACGCUACGCGACACGGCUGAGAGAGCACUCGGAGACGCUGCGGGUUCUGGGCUGCAAGCUAAGUUCAUGGGAAACGCGCCGUUUGGGUUCUACCGCUACAAGUUCCCGGUCGCCAUGCGCCAGCCCAGCGCCAUUGGAGCCAAAGUGUUCUUCUUCAAGGCAGUGCUGCUGGGCGGUGAUGUCACUGGCACAGUCGCUGAUGCUUGUGCCACCGCGGGGCCGCGCCACGUCUGGGUGACGCGGCGCGAGCUUAAGGACUACCUGAAGCCUGCGUACCUGAAGGCCGUCGAGAGCUUCAUCAUGGACGUUGAGACGCACGGGCCGGCAGAGUGAAUGUCUCCCGUGUGUGUUUUCGGGUUGUACCACGUGUUGUUCAGCGUGAUCUCCGGCCUUUGGCUCUGCGUACGAGGAACUUCUUUAGGAACUGCAAGCACGUGGUUGCAGACAACUUUCACCGAAUUCUAUUAUAUUCUUGCAUGUGGAAACAUGUCCAGGAGUUAAAUGCCUGCAUCGAGGCCUGUUAGCCACAAGAGGGCUUCAGGAGAGAGUUGGCAUAGUUUUGCUAUUCUAUCAUUGGAGGAGCGCAGACUACAGUGGUUAUGUCAUAUGGUCCAUAGUUUGGGUUACAUGGUCACGGUCGCACUGUGACUUGUCUUUAAUUUUACAUUAAUGAAAAUGUUUGCAGCGGCCUGUUGAUAUUCUGAUGCAGUUCAUGGUCCACCAGUGCCUUCACAAAAUGACUGCGUUGUAUGCAGGAAGCAGGUUGGAAAUGGACCUGACGACCCAAGAAUGGGCUAUAACCGUUUAAUGUUGCUUUACAAUCCAUUAAAUGGUUUAAUUGUCAGAGCUUAAAUUCGGCCAAAUCACAGUCAUUGGUGAACUGGGCUGAGACCAUAAAGCCACUAUAUUUGAAAACAUGAUUUAAUUAUCCAUGAUGCUCAAGUUUUUUGCACCAUGUGCUGAGAGCUUUUCCAGGAACUGAAAACUCUCAGCACGUGGACCAAAACAUUUGGCAUUACGCUGAACAUUGCAGUACAACCCGAAAACAUCGUAGAACUGUACAGCACAACCGUGAAAACCCACACAGGCGUGAAUCUCAUCACGUGUGUGCACCCCACCAUAUAUCUUCCAAUGAGGCUUUGUACCCAGGGCUUAAUUUCAGCUGGUUGUCUGUGGGUCAGCGACCCUAAAAAUAUAUUUGUAGCUGACACACCACAUCCAGUUUACCUCUUGCUAUGGCUGUGGCUACUGGUCAUGUGCCACCUACUCUGGUCUACCGGUGACCCGGAAAAUAUUGGGUGAUAAAAUAAUCCCUGCCUAUAGCAAUUGCUUCCCACCGAUAACCACGAUUUGGUUGUCACGAUUCGGGGCCCAAGAGUAGUAACAGUACAUAUGGUAUUGUCGCAUUUGCUUAUGCAGAGCCAUACUUUCGACCAUCUUUCAACACAAUCCACCUGCCGGUAGCAAAAAACCGGCAGCAACGAAACCAACCCAGCGCACUUUUAACGGAAAAUUUUGAAAUGAGGUCUACAUAAUUUUGCCUUGAGCCUGGAUUUUCAAUUCAAGUUUUUUUCAACUGGCAGCCCAUGAGCCAGAAGGCUAUUCUCGUGGCACACCGAGCUAUGACCCACAGAAAUAUAGUUCGCCCAGGCAAAGAGAGAUACAGGCUAUUUGAGAUGAGAGAUAUACAAGAGACUGCAGGUUGGUGAAAGGAAUGGGGGCCCAGUACUGGUUUAUAUAUCACUCCUGAUAUUAGCCAUGGCCAGGAAUUGAACUCAAGCGAGUUGCCUAACUGCUGCCCCACCGCUCCACCCAGCCCUAACAGAAAUAAACGCUGGCCAAUUGGUCAAACCUCUCAAAGCAUGACCCCCCCUGACCAAUUAUUAUUUAGUCUGAAGUUUUUCUAGGUAAAUUACAUGAAGUAUCUUAUUUUUUCUAAACGAUUAAAAAUAAAUAACACUUGAUAGUGUCUUUAAUUGUUUUGUGUUUUGUUUUAAACGUUUUUACUGUAUGUUUACACUAAAAAGUUGGAAUAAAUUGGCCAAUCUCGUUAUAA